CGCCAUCGCGGUCUUCACGUCAGACACGUCUGUACUUACGAGCUUUAGUCAUCCAAUCACCGUUUCCUAUUGGUAACUCACGUGAAGGUUUAUGAACACGUGAUAUAUUCUAAAUGGACGUUAGAGUUAAUCCAUCACAGCAGACUCGAUCAAAACGUGUUACUGUCCCUGAAAUCUACCGAAAAGCGGCCCGAAUAUUAAAAUCAGCUGAAGAGAGGAAAGGAAGUCUCAAGAAUUUAAUCUACUCGUCCGGUUUUCGUGAUGUCAAACCUCUAUAUGCUUUGGUUGCAGAGAGUUGUAAACAUCAGAUUGAAUUGGAUGAGCUAGUUAACAACACAGCAGGUCUCCAAAAUGUGCAACCUUUCGAUCCCCACUUGGCCAGGAUAUUGAUCACAGAGUUGCUUUGGGGAAAAGGGUACUUGAAACCUGAAAAUGCUCGGGCCAUCAGGAUAAUUCUAGAGUUAGAAAAUGAUCUCAGACAGGCAUUAGACGGCAUGAAUUCACAGGAAGACAAUGAUUCUGUUCACCAAAUUUCAGCUCCGCGAUAUGUUCGUGUCAACACGCUCGUGUCCACCACCGAAAAGGUCUGCACUAAGUUGAUUGCAGAAGGAUGGAAGCAAGUAAAAUCAAAGAAAAAGACCGGCUACGAAGGUUUCAUCGAACGAGUUAAAAGUCUCAGUGAAAAUGAAUUCAUUGUGGAUUUUCAUCUGGAUUUCUUGUUGGUUUUCCCCUCAAGGGCACAAUUCCAUAAUCACGACUUCCUGAGAAAUGGAUCUAUUCUACUUCAAGAUAAAGCAAGUUGUUUGUCAGCAGUGGCAUUACAGACCAAACCAUUUUACGGCAAGAUGAUCGACGCUUGCUCUGCCCCUGGAAUGAAGACUUCCCUGUUAGCUGCACUAUCCAAUAACCAAAGUGCCAUCAUUGCAAUCGAACGAGAUGCCAAGCGAUGCAAUACUUUGCGUCAAACCAUAUCAAACGCUCGCGCAUCAAAGGUUUCAGUUCAGCGGGCCGAUUUCCUCAACCUUGAUCCAUCUGAUUACCAAGAUGUGAAAUACAUCCUAGUCGAUCCGUCCUGUUCGGGAACAGGAAUUGUCAACCGAUUGGACCCGAAAAGAAAGCCAGAAGAAGGAGCUAGUUUGGAACUUCGUCUGAAACGAUUGAGUUCCUUGCAGUCACGGCUAGUGGAACACGCUGCUACUUUCCCUUCCGUUGAACGAAUCGUAUAUUCUACCUGCUCGAUUCAUGAAGAGGAGAACGAAGCUGUCGUUAGACAAGUCCUUUCAAAAAUCGGGAACUCGUUUCGUUUGGAUGAAGCAUUGCCUUGGUGGCCGAGACGGGGAACAAACAGUUAUGAUAACCCACCGGAUGACAUAAUAGGCCUGAAAUGCGUUAGGGCUGAAGCUGAAAAAGACUUGACUAAUGGAUUUUUUAUUGCUCUAUUCGUUCGAGUGGGAGAAAGUUGAAGUUGAGUUGGUUUAUCUGCGAAAAAUUACCUCUAUGUUCACUGAGAAAAUUUACCAGUUCUCUUUAUAGAGUUUUGACUUUUAAAAUACAGCCAACUUUCACCUCGAAA